ACUUGCACACGAGACAGCUACCACGUGAUCUCCAAUCGGUUGACGUGAACGUGUGUACUCUACAAUCUCAACAUGCGUGUAAUGCUUGUAACGUUUUUGGCUGUCUUGUUUAUCACUUACGGCUAUGCCGAGAAUAAACGAGCUGACGGUAUGUAUACACUCUGCGAAGUGUGUCAACUUGUUGUUCAGUUUGUUGAGCAAGAGCUCAGCAACAACGCAAGCGAGACUCAAAUCGAACAAGACCUGGAAAAUUUUUGUACAACGUUACCAUCGGGUGCUGCAUCAUGCAAACAAAUACUCGACCAAAACCUCAAAACAAUCACGAAAACUGCGCUCAACACGCCAUCAGUGCAAGUCUGUACAGUAGCACACCUCUGUACUGAUCCCCUCCUUGUUAGUCAUCCGGAAAAGACAGAGAGUGACGCAUAUUGUCCGAUAUGUGAAGUGAUUGUUCAACAAGUCAUAGACGACCUCGAUAACAAAAUACCCGAAUCACAAGUAAAAGAGUACAUGACUCAAUUCUGUGAUAGUCUUCCUUUUGUAGCAUCUGAAUGCAACACCCUUGUUAAUCAAUAUCUUGAUACGAUAUUUCGAUACAUCACAAGUUCAAAUAAUUCUGAGGUAAUCUGCGUUGAGCUCGCCCUCUGCAGUAACUCCUCACUGACUCGCACAUUCUUAUCCAAGCGUUUGUCUCCAAAGAGCAGCAUUGCGUGUGAGCUAUGCGAAGUUGCUGGUAGUGCAAUAAACGGAUUGCUUGCUAGCAAUGCUACACAGCAGGAAAUUGUCGAUGAUGUUAUAAAGCUGUGCAGCAUUCUACCCAGUGAAUUAGGCAGCUUAUGUGACCAACUUGUUCAACAGUAUGCACCCCAACUAAUUGAAAUGUUUGAGAAAGAAGAUCCGGAGCAACUCUGCUCUGCCAUUGAUCUGUGUUCUGGAGAGUUUGGGCUCAAAAAGCGAUUUCGUACGCUGACCACAAAGAGUAAACCAGCUGCUUCUCCACUGUGUCCAGUGUGCGAGACAGUGGCCACCUAUGUUGAAGGAUUGCUGAAAAAGAACGAGACUCAAGCUGAAAUCAAACAAGAGCUGGAAAGUUUCUGCUCAGACCUACCAUCAUUACUUUCUGGACCGUGCAAGAUGGUAGUCGAUACAUACUUGGUCGAGAUCAUUGAAAAAUUGACUAACAUGACUGCAGAGCAAGUAUGUACGGAAAUCGAUCUCUGCAGUAGCAUACUGAUUCGCACAGUCUCUCCCAAUCGUUUGUCUCCAAAGAACAGCAUUGCAUGUCAGCUUUGUGAGCUUGGUGUUAGUGCAAUAAACGAAUCACUUGCCAACAAUGCUACGCAGCAGGAAAUUGUUGAUGAUGUCAAAAAACUGUGUGACGCUCUACCAGGUGCAUUAGGCAGCUUAUGUGACUCACUUGUUCAACAGUACGCACCUCAGCUAUUCGAAAUGUUCGAGAAAGAUGAUCCGGAACAGCUCUGCACUGACAUUGAUCUGUGCUCUGGAGAGUUCAAGCGCAAAAACCGCUUUCUUAUGCUUCCCACAAAGUGACAUGUAACAGUGUCAUACCAUUAUCAUUGACAGCAACGACUUGUUACAUUAAACUUUGAUUUGCUUAGCUGUUUGCUUUUGCCAGGAACCUGUGUGUGCUGUUUUCAUUUUAAUUGCUUCCACAAAUAUUGUAAUGCAAUGCAA